AUGGAGACUGUUUCUCAGGUUGGUAUAAUGUCUACUAUCAGAUGGCAGCAAUACGCAACAAUCGCUUGCAUGGUACUGAUUGUGAUACAAAAAAUGUGUAUAAUAAUAUUCUUGAAAUUCAGUAAUAAUAUAAAAGUUGCCUUGGUCCUUAUAGGAAUCAUAAUUGUACUAUUCUCUGCGAACAUCUUUAUUGUGUGCUGCAAAGAUUCCGGAUCAGAAUGUUUUAUAUUAUUGGGAUUCAUUCUUCUGGAAGACUUGCUAACAAUCAUCUUCUCCAUCUUGACUAGACGGUUCAAACAAGCAGUGAACAUAGUUAUGAUGUCUCUAUCGGCGGCUUUUCUGAUAACCGGAUUUGUUUUGUAUUUUGUGAAGCUUGGUGAUGACUUUUGGAUGCAAUUGGCUGGCUGCUUUUGGAACUCAGUUUUAGUUGUGAUAAUACACAUAACUCACUGUUUGGAUUUGUGGAAUUUUUAAACAUAAACACAUCUAUAAUUGUAUAUAUUGUUGGAUUUAUAUGUUCAAGUUGCUCCAAGUCAGACAUUUGUCUUUUAGUAUUUCAAUCAAUAAUUCGCCAGCUAUACAGUACAACGCAGAGGUCAAUUUCUUGAGUUGAGACCAUAACCCAAUAAAUUUAGUCGCUUUGUAUAUAUGUAUAUAAAUGAAUAUUUUAAGCGGAUAACAAUCUUAGGAAAAAUAAUUUUCAAUGUGAUUUACAAAAUAAGUCAGGAGAUGGUAAGAUAUUAUAAUGUAAAGCAUAAUUAUAUUUCAAUAGUUUACAUACAUUGAUAAGUUUUGUUAUAAAAUUUCCAGCAAAAUUACUGCUCGUGUUUACACCACUAUUGGAAUUGUUUUAAAAUAAAACAAACGAGACUAUCUACUGAUUCAUUGCAAUUCAUUUGUACCCACUAAAAUUGAAAAACGUUCGCUCAAAAUAAUGUUUACCUGAUUUUUUGACGUACUUACAUAAACGCACCAAAUCAACACAUUUCUAUCCUUCAUAAGUGGUCGCCAC